AGCCCCGGGCGGGGUUAGGACUUCACGAGUAGGAAGACAAAAUCAAUCGUUUUGGACAAACGUUGAGACAAAUGCGUACAUGUCUUGCGUAAUAUAAACAGUGUGAUUUACAUUUGUGAAGUGCAAUUUGCGCGCGCGUGGCGCACGGAGAUGGUAUGCCACGUCCUAAAAUGUUGCAACUUUCUGGGAAGUUGAACUGCACUCUGAUAAAGAGCGAGAAUUGGCUGCGUUCAUGCGACGCUCAUAUCCUUGGUGUGUAGCUUAACAAGACUGUUAGAGGAAAGUCUGUUUGUGAUGCGAACACACGAGAAUGUGAAGAGAAGAAUGAAUCUGUGUGUAAGGUCGAACGGACUGGGUUUAAUUCCCCCGCAGAACCCUUCCAAGUUGUGAGAAUGCAAGCCGCGAGCGCCCUGUGCCUCUUCAGCCUUCUAAGCAUCGCUUACUCGUCGUUAGACCCGUUCCAACCUAACUUGCUGGACCGGGACGAGAACACACAAAACGACGACGCCGCCUUUGAACCGAGGCGGCCUCCACACAUCAUCUUCAUCCUUACGGACGAUCAAGGCUACAAUGACGUUGGGUACCACAACCCGGACAUCCAUACGCCAACGUUGGACCGGCUCGCCGCGGAGGGGGUGAAGCUGGAGAACUAUUACGUACAACCGAUCUGCACGCCGUCCCGGAGCCAGCUCCUCACCGGCAGGUACCAGAUCCACACAGGCUUGCAGCACUCCAUCAUCCGUCCCCGCCAGCCCAGCUGUCUGCCCAGGGAGCUGCUUACCCUCCCCCAGCGCCUGCUGGACCGCGGCUACGCCACCCACAUGGUGGGGAAGUGGCACCUGGGCUUCUACAGGCGUUCCUGUCUUCCUACCCAGAAAGGGUUCCAGAGCUUCUUCGGCUCGCUCACAGGAAGUGUGGACUACUACUCCUACGGGUCAUGUGACGGCCCCGGUCUCUGCGGUUACGACCUCCACGAGGACGAGCACGUCUCCCGCGGUCACGCCGGCCGCUACUCCACCCACUUGUUCACCCAGCGGGCCCGCGCCAUCCUAUCCUCCCACAAUGCAUCGCUCCAGCCCCUUUUCCUGUUCCUGUCGCUGCAGGCAGUACACACGCCCCUGCACCCCCCCAAAUCCUACAUCUACCCCUACCGCCGCAUGGGCAACAUAGCGAGACGCAAGUACGCCGCCAUGGUGACCACGGUGGACGAGUCGGUGCGCAAGGUCACCUACGCCCUCAGGAAGUACGGCUUUUACCGGAACAGCGUGCUCAUCUUCUCCACGGAUAACGGGGCUCAGCCCUUCACGGGGGGCAGCAACUGGCCCCUACGUGGGCGGAAGGGAACCUACUGGGAGGGGGGGGUGAGGGCGGUGGGAUUCGUCCACAGCCCCCUCCUUAGACACAGGCGUAGGACCUCCAGAGCCUUGCUCCACAUCUCCGACUGGUACCCCACCCUUGUGGGCCUGGCUGGGGGCAAUGUGACGGCGGCGGAGGGGCUGGACGGCUACGACGUGUGGCCCACCAUCAGCGAGGGGAAGGAGUCCCCACGCCUGGAGAUCCUCCAUAACAUCAAUCCCCUGCACAGGCGGGCUGGGCAGGGAACGGGGCGCAGGCCGGCGGGGAACACCUCCAGGAAAAGCCCUGGUCUUGCCAAGGCCUCCAAGAAGAGUUCCAGGAGAGCAGCAGGCCUUCGUAAGGCCUCUGGGAAGAAAGCCCCCAGUACAACCCCAUCCACCUCUUGGGGUGCUUCCAGGAAAGGCUCAAGCCGGGCCUCCAGAAAAGUCCACAAGCAAAACAAGGCAUUUCCGGGGAAGGAUUCCAGGAAAGUUCCUGGUCCCACGAAGGCCUACAUGGAAAAGGGCUCCAGCUCCAGACAGGGGCCCGGACGCGGGUCCCGGACCCAGGUCCCCAGCCCUGGUCCUGGGGGGCAGGUCCAGGAAGGCCUGGCUGUGUUUGACACCUCGGUGCAGGCAGCCAUCAGGGUGGGAGACUGGAAGCUGCUGACGGGAGACCCUGGACACGGAGACUGGGUUCCGCCCCAGGUUCUCGCCACGCUCUCAGGAACCUGGUGGAACCUGGAGAGGAACAUCGAGGGCAUCGACAAGAGCGUCUGGCUCUUCAACAUCACGGCGGACCCCUACGAACGCCACGACUUGGCCAAUCAGAGGCCGGAUGUGGUCCGACAGCUCCUGUCCCGCCUGGCGUUCUACAACCGCACGGCGGUGCCCGUUCGUUUCCCCGACGACGACCCCCGCGCAAACCCUGACCUCCACGGAGGGGCCUGGGUUCCCUGGGUGGGAGAGGAGGAGGAAGAGGUGGGGGGGAAGGUCUCCAAGAAAGGCAGGAAUAAGACAAAGAGGAAGAAGUGUAAACUUUGUAAACUGAAGUCCUUCUUUAACAAGCUCAACACACGCAUGAUGUCUAACAGGAUAGACAGAUGA